ACAGAGGCCUGAGCCGGCACGGCAGUCCGCCCAGUUUUCGUUUCGUUUUCCGAGGCCGAUGACCCAUGUCCCGUUCCCGUUGUAGCUAGUACACUGUACGCUGCACACCUGUCAUCUCAAGAUAAAGCUGCUAUCCCCCAACAUCCCCCACUGGAGCCUGGAGGCUGCUGGUGCUGGAGCUCCCCAGUGCCCGUGCUGACCACCGCCACCUCUCGCCACUGCCCGUCGAUCGUCGUCCAGCUCCCCAGCCCCACCGUCCGUGUGGAGGAGGAGCUUCUGCUGCAAGUGGCGUAUCGUAUCCCUUUCCCUUCUAGAAUAAUGCAGAGCGCCGCGGCUUUCCGGCCGUGCCCCGCCGGCGCCGGCGCCGGCGCCGGGCAGCUGGUGAGCCGUAAUCCUAGCCGGGGCCCCCUCCUCCCGGUCCCGGCCCGCCCGCUCCGCGUCGUCGUCUCCGCCGCUACCACUCGCGCUCUGGGUCUCGGGCGGCUGCGCCUGUCAGCCUCGCCGGAUGAUCGGUCCGGCCAGCGACAGGUGUCGUGUGGCGCGGCCGGGGACGCUGUGGCGGCCCCGAGUGCGGAGGAAGGCGGCGGCUUCAUGAAGACGCUGUGGCUCGGCUCGCUCUUCGGCCUCUGGUACCUCUUCAACAUCUACUUCAACAUCUAUAACAAGCAGGUUCUCAAGGUUUUCCCAUACCCCAUAAACAUCACAGAAGCUCAAUUUGCUGUCGGAUCUGUAGUAUCUUUGUUCUUUUGGACCACUGGUAUUAUUAAGAGGCCAAAGAUUUCUGGAGCGCAGCUUGCAGCCAUCCUACCUCUGGCUAUUGUUCACACUAUGGGCAAUCUCUUCACCAACAUGAGCCUUGGGAAAGUUGCAGUAUCAUUUACGCACACCAUCAAGGCUAUGGAACCUUUCUUUUCUGUUCUUCUUUCUGCAAUUUUCCUCGGCGAGUUUCCUACUGUUUGGGUAGUAGCAUCUCUUCUUCCAAUUGUUGGUGGUGUUGCAUUGGCAUCUCUUACUGAGGCAUCCUUUAACUGGAUUGGCUUUUGGAGUGCAAUGGCUUCAAAUGUUACCUUUCAAUCCCGGAAUGUACUGAGCAAGAAGCUCAUGGUUAAGAAAGAGGAAUCCUUGGACAACCUUAAUCUCUUCUCUAUCAUUACAGUGAUGUCAUUUUUCGUUUUGGCCCCUGUUACCUUCUUUACUGAAGGUGUCAAAAUUACUCCUACAUUUUUGCAAUCUGCUGGUCUGAAUGUAAACCAGGUCCUUACAAGGUCUCUUCUUGCUGGACUGUGUUUCCAUGCAUACCAACAGGUGUCUUACAUGAUUUUGGCGAUGGUGUCUCCUGUCACUCAUUCUGUGGGCAACUGUGUUAAGCGUGUUGUGGUCAUUGUAACAUCAGUGUUGUUCUUCAGGACACCUGUUUCUCCUAUCAACUCUCUCGGUACUGCGAUUGCACUUGCCGGAGUUUUCCUGUACUCACAGCUCAAAAGACUCAAGCCCAAGCCGAAGACUCCUUAAAUAGCUAGGGAUUGUAUUUUCCAUCUCUCUUGUGUUAGUGGAGUCAAGCAGUUCCAUAUUUCAAGUGCCUGAAUUUUAAGAUAAUUUUAGGCAACACUCUUGUACAAACUAGUACAAGUAAAUUGUUACUUUUAUGAUUUGUUAUUUGUCUUUGUACCAUAAUAUAUUAAAAUUUUGUUCUAAUCUAACUAUAGAAACAAUUGUAAAA